GCUGCCGCCGCCGCCACCACCGCCUGGAGCUCGAUGGGCUUCUCCUGCGCGCCGCCCUGUGUCUGGCCGAGUCCAGGGAGCCGCGGCGCCUCGUGCCGGGGAGCCAUCGCUGCAGCCCAGGGCCGGGUCCCGGGUCGGGGGCUGAAAGGGGAGCGACGACGGCAGCGGCAGCCGGAGCCCCACCGGGGGGGGGUCCUGGGACUGGGGAACUGCCUCCGGCUUCACGGUCAGUCGGAUGCCAGUAUGGACAGAAUAGCUUAUGAUGCUUAUCCCCGCCCACCACUUCCGAGACAUUGAGCGGAAGCCGGAGUACCUCCAGCCGGAGAAGUGCAUCCCGCCCCCCGACUCGCGUCCCGCGGGAACGAUGUGGUUCAUCCGCGACGGCUGCGGCAUCGCCUGUGCCAUCGUCACCUGGUUUCUGGUCCUCUACGCGGAGUUCGUGGUCCUCUUCGUCAUGCUGAUCCCGUCCCGGGACUACGUGUACAGCGCCAUCAACGGGCUCGUGUUCAACCUGCUGGCCUUCCUGGCCCUGGCUUCCCACUGCCGGGCCAUGCUGACGGACCCCGGGGCAGUCCCCAAAGGAAAUGCCACUAAAGAAUUCAUCGAGAGUUUACAGCUGAAGCCCGGGCAGGUGGUGUACAAAUGUCCCAAGUGCUGCAGCAUCAAGCCUGACCGAGCCCACCACUGCAGCGUCUGCAAGCGGUGCAUUCGGAAAAUGGACCACCACUGUCCCUGGGUCAAUAACUGUGUUGGCGAGAACAACCAGAAGUACUUCGUCCUGUUUACAAUGUACAUAGCUCUCAUUUCCUUGCACGCCCUCAUCAUGGUGGGAUUCCACUUCCUGCACUGCUUUGAAGAAGACUGGACAAAUCUCCUGCAAGCCUAUGGACUGACCAGGGAAGAAACAGCAGAGGCCCGAAUAUCUCUUCAUGAAAUAAAGCAGCCCCUUAAAGUCAGUUCCACAGAGUGCAGCUCCUUCUCGCCGCCCACCACGGUGAUCCUCCUCAUCCUGCUCUGCUUCGAGGGCCUGCUCUUCCUCAUCUUCACGUCCGUCAUGUUCGGGACCCAGGUGCACUCCAUCUGCACGGAUGAGACGGGCAUCGAGCGCCUCCAACGAAAGAACCAGCGCAGGCAACGCAGGGGCAGCUGGAAGUCGGUCAAAGAGACCUUCGGCGGGGACUUUUCCCUGAACUGGUUCAACCCCUUCUCCGGACCGAGUCACCCAAAGCCGCUGAGCGACAGAGACUGGGUGCGACAGGUGUCCUCGGUGUCAGACACGGAGAACACGGAGACCACGACGGAGGAGCCGUCGGAGGAGCGGAAGGACUUGGACUCCGCGGAGGUGGUCGAUGAGUGACGCUGCGCAGCGGGGGCCCGGGGCGCCUGGGCACCCCACGUGCUCCCCUCGCGCUCCUGACCUCCGACCCCUCUCCCUCCCCCACGCCGGGCCAGGUCAGGCGGUGGGGGUGGACGCAGAGAGACUUGCUCUGAGCUCCCCACCCCAUGAGGGAUUGUCAGGAACCAUCCUCCAGGCUGGGCGCGCUUCCCAGCCUGCACGGCCUCACCCAGCAAAGGUAGCUCCCAACAGGGCAGCCCAGGGGCAGAAAAGAACUUGCCUCUGUCCUUUCUUGGGGUGUCUGUCUUCUCUUGAGAAGGCUGGGGCCCAGGCUCCUGGCUUUUGGAAACUAAAGCUGUGAUGAGGUGGUGACAGAAGGACAGAGCAGGGCUGGCCUUCGAAACCCCAGCAUUAGCAGAGAUGGGCCUGGGCAGGCAGCGAGGAUCCUGGCCGCAAAAAAGGGCUACCCCCCAACCCCCCGUGCCUGCCUUACACAUGGGGUGUGCCCAAUUGGGCACAAGCCUAAGUUGUGACAGCAGCACGCAUACUCCGCUUGCGUUCCGCAGACACCAGAAGCCUCAGUCCGCUCCGAGGUGUCCUGUCUUGGGGCUAAGAAUCUGUCCACUCCCAGUGGAGGGGCAGAGGGACAACCUAUGUAGAGCUCCUGGAACUCCAACCUCCCCUGUGAGAACUGCAUUUAACUGUCCCUCCUGAAAAGAGUCUAAGCACCCACACGGGCAGAUCGGACCAGAAAAUCCAGCCUGAGAGUCUUAGGCCUGUAACCCAAGACAGUGCCCUUUCUUGGGGUGUCUCUCUCAAACCAUGGAUGGUGGCCAGGGCCUGCCGAUUGAGAAGCAGGAAGGCCCCCUGUCACACACACAGACCUCCCACACUACCAGGCUGAGCCGGGACCCUGCUCAUCCCAUGUGAAGCCUGAAGUGUCCAUGAUCAUUCCUGAAGGCCUGAGCAGGGCGUCCUGGGUUCACAAUCCCCAUUCUUAUAGCAGCUGAAGCAGCAUCUUUCAGAGUCCAGAAGAGGGUUGGUGCCCUGUGGUGAUUGUGGGUAAGAAAGGAGGGCCAGGCAGUGGCCUUUCUGGGAGGGCACCCUUGGGCCUUCUGUAAAGGUGGCGAUUGUCAGACACUGCCGUCCACCCCCAGUGACCCGCCAGGCUCUGGGCUUUCUUGAGGAGGGGCCGCUUCUUUCCUCAUCCCAGCUCUAAUGAUGUCUCACAAGAUGGUGACAGCAGGACUCCGGGAUUGAUAGAGCAGGUGGCAGGGCAUGGGGCCAUCCACACCCAGGCUGUAGGCCUCUUUUCUGGGUCCAUAUCAGCUUUAAUAUUUAUUAACGGCCAUAUAAAGGACCCUGGGGGGCUCUGAAGCCUGUUAACUCACCAUCUACGCAGGGCGUGACUACGGAGACCUGCUAGUUUUUAUCCUUACCCAAAAAGGUAAAGGUAUCCUUACUGCAUCCAAGGCGCAGGCUUGAUGGACUGUAUACCCAAGAGACUCCACAUUGGGGAAGGAAAGCCAUCCGAACCCCUGGAGUCCCCAGGAGGCCAUGGUUAGAAGAAGGGGAGAGGGGUCACUGGUCACUGUUUGCGGACAGCUUCAGGGGUCUCUGCUGAGUCCAAGCCUGAGGUCAAAGGCAUGUGCUGAACCUGGGCCCCUGAGAAAUGUCCUUGCAUGACACGUUUGAAACCUGUCUUCCUCUGGCCAUCAUGGCCUGAUGGUGGCAGAGGUACCCACCAGGCCCAAAGUCACUUCUGCUUUCAGAUUGGUGGGUGGGGAGGCCUUUCACCCCCACAGAGUGGGACCCAGCCCCGACCCUUCUCCUCGCUGAGCCUAUCUCCCUCCACACUAGACACAUCAGACCGUGUCCUGGGAGGGACACCUGGGCCAUGUGGGAAUCAUCUGCCCAAGCUUAAGCCUCGUGGCCUCACACCAGCAACCACAGUGGCCUUCUCUCUAUGGUGGCUGUCGCCAGUGUGAUAUUCUGCUUAACCCCAAACUGACCACCGGGCGACUGAUGUCAGAACAAGCUGAGGGCUGCAGGGAGGGAGGCCAGGCACAAGCCUCCACCUCUUUGUUUGAAUAAAAAGCUCUCUGGUCCACCUCA